UUUUGUUUGUGAUUGAUAAAAACGUAUUUUAGUUAUUCUCAUUGGUAAAUCCAUUCUUGUUGUUUUACAUGGUAGAAAAAAUAAAAGUUCAAUUAACCAAAGGUGGAUAUAAAUAUUGUGCCUUAAAACCUUUUUGAAUUUAUUUUUAGUCGCUUUUUUAAGAAGAGCUCUAAAAUACAUACCCAAAAUGAUCUGGCUUGGACAGUGUAAACUUAACAUAAUCUUAAAUAAUGAAACCUACUGUAGCAGCAGAUGAAAUGUUCCCAGAGGGUGUGGGACCCUAUAUGGAUUUGGAAGAGGCUGGUGGACCAUCUAAUUUACUUAUGGAUUUAGCAGCAAAUGAAAAGGCUGUGCAUGCCGACUUUUUUAAUGAUUUCGAAGAUCUGUUUGAUGACGACGACUUAAAAUAAACAAACUAGAAAUAUAUUAUUUAGCUUUUGAAAUA